AGGAAAAUUUGGUAUUUUCACAAAGCUUAAUUUUCGCAAACUUAAUUUCAAGGAUUUCUGCAAUUACUUGUGAUGUGUUAAAAUAUUAACUGUGAUUUUAAUUAUCAUCUAACGACACAAAAAAACUACAGUUACCUUACACACAAAGGAAGCCUAUUAUUCAAUUACCACCCAACGCUAACCCAAAGAGAUUUUAGUGACAACUAACACGGCUUAUUUAAUGAAGGAAAUUAUUUUUUUACGACCCUUCCCUACAUCGUAACUUUUUGCAAGACAUGACUCAAGUACAUAUUUUAUUGAAUCUACUCCACUUCUGACAUCAGCAGCAACUAAAAUUCCAUGUUUUACACUCCGAAAGACUGACGUAUGAGGGUAUUAAAACUGGUCUACAACUGGUGGAAACAUUUACGACAAGAAAGCAACGUUUUAUUUAUUUUUGUCGAAAAUUUAUUUCACAUGUUACAGAGGGAGUAAAAAAGAAACCUGAAAACCCAUAUAUUCUAAAAUAGUUGUAGACACAGCUUGCAGGUACAUAGGGAUCUAAUCUACAGCAUCACAAUUCAGAGAACUAUAAAAGGGAUUAAUUCAGCUUGUUUAAUUGAACUAUUGCCACUAGAUAUCCGGUGCUGGAUGCAGUAAAAAUGGAGAAAACAUCUCAAUAAAAGACACUGAAAAACUAAGGCUGGAAUAUAAAGCAGAAAAGGUCGCUAAAUUAAAGACGGGCAAUCUUCACUGAUCAGAGUGCCCUGUGGAAGAAAUGACAAUGUAGUUAUGAAAUCAAUACUAGCCAUGAUUAAUCUGUAGUCCACAAUUUGGAGAGUGAGCAUUGAAAUUCCUGUGAAAAGAAUUGGAAAAAAAAGUUCAUCUUAUAAAGAAGCUCAGAAGAAAAGAAAUUAGUUCAUUCCAAGAAUGAAGAUGACAAAUUCUUCAAAAAUGCCCAAUCUGACAUCCUCCUCUGAAGCUCAAAUGCCAUCAUCUGAACAAAAUUAUGAACCCCGGGUUUCAGGAGCGGAAUCCGAGUUGAAAUUGCUGGAACUUCUGUUUCAGGUGUAUCUUCCACCUGUUCUCAUCAUCCUAGGAACUGUUAGCAAUUGUCUGACCAUCUUCGUAAUGAAAAGGAAAAACAUCCGCCAGUGUUCCAUUAGUUUUUACAUUACAGCCUAUGCCUGUAGCUCACUGCUUAUGCUUUACCUCUUUCUGGGAACAGAGUGGAUCACUAAAAUCUUCAACCAAAAAUCUUUGGAUGAAAAAGCAGACUGGCUUUGUCGUGUAUGGCAAUUCAUCAGCAGAGUUAUCUCCUAUUCGGGAAUUUGGUUUGUGGUGGCCAUGAUGGUUGACCGCUUCGUUGUUAUAUGGCAUCCCAAACAAUUCUCUUCCCUGUGCACAAUCUUCAUGGCCAAAUUUGUAGCCAUUAUCAUUUUUGUUGGUUUAGUGGUCAUAAGCAUUCAUGCCAUGUGGACUUUUGAACUCAUGCACAACUCUGGUUGUUAUCCUUACCACCGAGAAAAUGACAUCCAUUCCUUGAUCUGGCCGUGGGUGGCCGCAAGCUUCUACUCCUAUAUUCCACUAGCACUGAUCUUCAUCUUCAAUGUGUUGAUUUUCACUGGAAUUUGCUUGAAAAGACCUUUUAAGGCUCAUCAGACACGGGAGCAUCACUCCUUGCUUUUUACAUAUACAACACUGGGCACCUCCAUGUUUUACUUUCUUCUUGUGAUGCCUGCGACCAUUAUCAAUGUUGUGGACAUGACAUACCCACCAUCAUGGCUACAUGACUAUGAACUCAUGAUACAACUGACAAAGGCCCGUUUUACUGCUCACUACAUGGCUUGGCUCAACACGACCAUCAUCUUUUUCAUGUGUUUAUUUUUCUCGCGGACAUUUCGUUUGGAAUUGUGGGAUAUGCUGUGCUCAGUUUGUUGUAGACAUCGCCGAAGAAUAUAUGAACUUCAGUCUGGGUCCCAAAGUACCCAUCUUAAUGAAACAGACUCUUGUAAUGAAACAACACCUCUUUAGCAAGUUGUAAGUAACUAAAAGGAAUCUUAAAGUAAGCUUAUGGUAAAAAUAUUUUCAAAUUAUGUGAAAGUUUACUUUUUAUAUUUUUGAGCUUUUGUUUUUGUUGAUUUAUUACCCAACUUCAUUGAUUGUUGAUGUGAAACUUACAACCAAUGA